GAAAGCGAGCAACAAAUGUCCCAGAUCUAUAACAUGUAUCCACUAUUCUAUGUACAUGUAUGUCGAGUCUCUAUAUUCUCCUGAAGAAAACCUAUGCUACAGAUACAACUGUCCAGAAUCUAGAUGAUGACAUGCUUAAACAGUUUGAUGAAUGGUGUGCUGACCAAGUGCCUAAACAGUUUUAUGAAUGGUGUGCUGACCAACAGAAUGUACCAGUCUUCAGGCUUUGGUUUCUGAUUAUUUAAAUUGAAAUACUGUGCCUAGACUAUGUGAGGGCUAUAGGACAGGAGAAUUUUCCUCUUUAUUUCCAGAUGGUUUCUCUUUGAUUUUCAUAGUUGUUAAAGACUAGUCAUGGGCGACACCCACUUUUCAUAUGCUGAACAUUUAGGCUAUUAAACCUCUUUUAUGGGUUUGAACCAGAACCAGAAGGGCCGCCACACAGUCACAGCCUGCAGUCUCUAAAUUCUCAAGAGAGCCUAUACUACAUAUACAGCUGUCUAGAAUCUAGAUGAUGAAGUGAUAAAGAGUUUGAUAGAAUGGUGUGCUGACCAACAGAAUGUACCAGUCUUUAAGUUUUGGUUUCCGAUUAUUUGAAUCGAAAUACUGUGCCUUAACUAAGUGUGUGCUAUCAGAGAGGGCAAUUUCCCUCUUUAUCUCGAGUCAAUUAGCAAGCGUAUCACCUGGUUUUUCAUUUUUUGACCUUGUCAAUAUGCUUGAUGAGUACCAGUUCACAUUAGGAAUAUGCUACAACUAUAACAAAUACAUCCAGAAGUCUACGAAGCCUUCACAAAAGGCCACUUCACUGUUACCAAGAUCGAGCUUUUCAGCCAUUGCUAGUGCUACUGACCAGGUUCACAAGCAGAAUAACAGUCUAGAUAAAUCAAACAGUGGAGCAGUGUGGCUCUUUGACAACCAGACAACUCUAUUGGAUGGUUGGGGGCCCUGAAUUUGUCAGACUGAUCAUGAAUUUGAGAACAAUAUAAAUAAUGAUCAAGAUGAAGACCUAUCUAAUCAUGAACAAAGUAUAAGCAUACAACAAAGAUUCAAAGAUAAUGUGAAACUAUUAUCAGAAACCAUAGAAUAGAUGGGAAAUCCUUUCUGGAGACUUCAAAUGACUUGUACUCAUUAGACAACAAAGAUAUUGUAUCCUCAAUGUCAGUCCAGAAGAAGUGAGUAGUUCCCAUAAUACUAUCAUAUUC